GUCUCUCCCCAGAUCAUUGAGCCUCCGAAAAGCCAAUUUCUUACCGAAGGAUACCCUGUAAACCUUAAUUGCGUAGCCUCAGGUAUUCCAACACCAACCUUCGUCUGGACUUUUAAUAAUGGUGACCUGCCAUCUGGUAUCAAUCAAACCGAUCACGAAGAAGAAUCAUUCCUAGUUUCGGCAAGUGUUACGAAAGGGAUGAGUGGGACUUACAAGUGUACAGCAAAAAACAAAGCAAACAAAACCAGUUCCUCAGCAACUCUGCGUGUUUAUGGUAAGUUCAGUUAUAAUGAUAUUGAUGAUGAUGAUGAUGAUGAUGAUGAUGAUGAUGAUGACGACGACGACGAUGAUGACGUUGAUAAUGACGAUGAUGAUGUUGAAGAUGAAGAAGAGAAAUAGGGAGAGAAGAAAUUAAGACAGAAAAAUGAACUUGUAAGUCCAUGGGCAAUAGUGACGGAGAAAAGGAAUAGCGCGAAGAGAAUUUAGGCAAACACGGCCCAGUUGUAUAAAUGGCAGAUAACGCUAUCUAACGGUUAAAUAUUUAUUCGGUGAAUGAGUGAGAGUAAAAUAUAAAGCGUUAUCCACCAGAUAGAGUUUUAUCUUAUGGAUACUGUUAUCUACCCUUCGAUCGACCGGGGCCUGACCUUAAAAAAAAAAAGGUGAUACCAAUGCUUAAUACUAAUGUCCUUGGAUCUUUAUGAUUCCAAACGCAAAGAACUGCGUAGAUUUGAGUAGGAAAGAAACGCCAAGGAAAGAGGACAGGUGAUGGCGCUAUAGAGAGUUGAUUGAUUCGAAAUACUUGACGAUGUGCAACGUACUUUCAAGCUAGAAAAAUCUGAAGAAGAGAAUUCCGAGACGGAGAGAUCCAGAAUCUCGGAAGAAAGCAAAAAGGAAGCGAGACGCAAAAGUCAAAGUUACACACGACACACAAUUGUAAUCUCUACAUUGAACAACAAGACUAAAACAGAGGAAACUACUUAAAGCGAAUACGCUUGUAUCCGUGACCGAAAUCGGAGGUCGAAUAGCGAUUAAGCAUUCGAAAGAAUUCCCUCGCACCCUCAAUUCUCUUAGAUCUCUCCAAAAAGUUGAUUUAUGGCUUUGUAACUCGUAAUGUGGCUCAGCCAAUGAGGAUGGAGAAUAUUACAGAGUUAAGAUUUAGGGAUUUACACGCUGAAAACGCAUGAAAUAAAAUUUUUUUCUCAAGCUGGUCCAAGAAGCCGAGAGUCAAUCAAACGGCGCAUAUCGCUUUUUUUUACGCGGGAGGAACAGCGUAUCGUGCUUUUUCACCCGUGAAGCGUAUGUUAUUCUUAUUUAUCACAUAAACUGCGGUGUUAUACUGGGAUUUCCGGCCCAGAGAAAAACCGAAACAACACACGUGAAAAAAUAUUGUAUUUUUUCACGUGUGUUGAUAUAGCCAAUCGGCUGCUGAUACGUCACUCGCCUUUGGCGCCACUCGGUCAGGUUGAUGAAUGAAUGGCAAAGCAUUCACGAUUCUCGAUACAACUUGUUUGUCGGAGCUUUCUCGAAUUACGGCAGCUAAAACACUAAAAAAUCCGUAUCGCUAACAGACAGUGAAGUUCAAACUUUCCUAAAAGGCAAAGAAAACCAAUAUACUAAAAGAAAAACCGAAAGUUUCCUAUUCAGUGGCUUUAGUGUUAGCAUUUCUCUCGGCUGAGAAUGAAAAUCGACAACUGGAAGAUUUUCUACUGGCCGAUUUUGGCCGUUUACCUGAAAGACUUCUUCUGUCGGUAAGGAUAAAGUCAAUAAAUGAGAAUUUUGUUAAUUGAAAAUUACGAGCAUUGUUGUUUUGUAAUCGUGAUUCAACGCAUUUUUCCAUCUUGGGAGUUAGCGCCAACGCACUCUACGAUUGUUAUUCGGGGAUUGUCGAUUAAUUUAUAUUCAUUUAUAAAUGAAACCGGCUUUUCUUCUCAGUAAAGGGCUAUUGUGUUUAUAUGAUAAAAAAAAAUAAUACAUGGGUGCUUAUAGAUAUGGAAUUUCUCUUCUCGUGUUCAACUCGACAUCUCACUCAUUCCCUGCGCUCACUCGUGAGCUAUCGAGUUAAACACUCUAAGAGAAAUUACAUAUCUACGCGCGCCUAUGUAUUAUUCUAUUAAUCCUUCACCGGCAUAGUUUCCGUUCGUAACAUUAUAAAAAUCGGCUUUCAGGACUGUUUAUUAAAUCAAAUUACUUACAAAAGAUGACUGAGGAACCUCUGUGGAGAAUUAUGCGGAAUAGAAAGCAUACAGAGCAAAAACACAAAAGAGAUAACAGCGAGUCGGUUUGUACAAGAAAUCUCAUUGGUUCGCUGCGCACACCCAUUCGAUUUCCGAUACUACCAACUCGCGCGUUAAAUACCAUACGGACAGACUUUCCAUGAAGUAUUCUCUGUCGAUUGAAUUGUCAUAACAGCUCUUGGUUCUAGUUCCGUCUAUGAUAUCCACAAUUUUUCAAUGGAAAUUUAACAGUGUCAGCUUGAAAAAAUGUUGUAAGUCCACUCGAGAAAAUGUAGUAAGUCCACUCUCCUCAGGAAGUGAUAGAAAACCACCUCAUGAAGUUGUUGUAGUACUUUAGAAUUUAAACGGACGAUCAUCUACUUGAAAUCAGACCCGCUACCGCAGUGUUUGAAAAGAAAAAACUUCGUGUUGCAUGACUCACUUGUUGUGUCCAUUUGACACAAGGGUAUAGAAGAAAGAACAAGAGAAGAUGGAACAUUACCGAGACCUUAAUUUAGAAGUUCAGCGGAGGAUCUGGGGCGGUUGAAACAGUAAUCAGGAAAUUUAAAACAUAAAGGUUUCAAGCUUGUUCUGAAAAUCUUACGAAAACCUUACGAAACUCACAAGGAAAUACUUUUCUUUUCUUUUUUUUUUCAUCUAAAGCAACAUAUUCGAAACAUUAUGCAGAAGGUCACAUUUGAUUCGUUUCGUUUCAAUGUUUGUGUUUGUGUUUGUUUUUUGGUGUGUUUAUAAUGUAGUUGUAGUUUUAAUGAGAAACCAGCAUACUAAUGAAUUGCCCCUUUUUCAACGCAGGAAAAGCCUCUGCUCUACUUUUUCCAGAGAAAUACAUAACACUCACAAAAGGAGAUACCCUCAAAUUGAUCUGCAUAGUCAACGAAGAAACAAUCAACAUUAUGUGGAAAAAAGAUGGAGACCUAAUAACAGAAAAAGCAGCUAUAGAGACACGAUUAGAUGAGAAAACGAGUAAACUUAAUCUUACUGAAGUUGUAGAAGAGGACAGUGGUGAAUAUUCUUGUGAAGCAAGUAACAUGCUAGGAAAUGUGGCUCGCUCUGUUGUGACAGUAGAUGUCAAAGGUAAGCUGUUUAAGGAACUACAUAUAAUUUCAGUCAUUAACUAUGUGAGGUCAUUAUUAUAAAAUACAAAUCCGCCUUUUAUGUUCCUCACAAAACUUUUCCAGUUUUUUUUUUGGUCUUUUGGGAACAGAAAUUUGAAAUGAAAACGAGUUUGAAACAGUAGCAGCAUGUUAUACAUAUUCUCUAACUCUAUCAUCAAUCUUUCUCUGUCUAUCUGCCUUUUUUUUGUAACUUAACACAUCUGCGUCUGUUUUUCCAUGAGUUAUUCCCCGUCACCCAACGCAAGCAAUGAACAAAGUAAAUUGUUGGAACAAAAAAAAGUUAGCUCUCUAUCUGGAUAGUUGGUGAUAUCAAUUUUUUGCCGACCAGCAAAUCACUUUCCUAUAAAGCUUCUUCUAUUAUUGUGUUUCAGGAAAUUCAGAGGCUCCUUCCAGCAGUUCAUCUUCCUCCAGCAGCUCACUGGAGUGGUACUACAUUGCGGGACCUUUGGCUGCUGUCGUUUUUCUACUGUCGUUCAUUUCAUACAUUAAAAAACGCCGUGCUACAGGUAAAAUGUUACCAUACGAAAAUAAAAUGUCUUCAUAUGGCAGAUUGUGGCUUUUAAUACGUCAGUGUCUUGGAGCACGAAGGAGCCAUUUUAAGAAGGUCAUAUUCUGCAUUUCCAGCACUGAUUUUGAAGGUCCCUCUACAGUCCCGGCAAAGCCCAUUACUAAUCAAAUUACAAAAAUGUUGCAAAUUAUAUGAAACUAAUUACCAUGAUAACCCACCUUAUUCCUUCUCUCGUUGUUUGACUACAGAGUCAAAUAUAAGUCACACGUGGUUUCUGAGUCGCAAGCUUCAACUUAGUUAAUGAUGUCAUUCUUACUCCCAACUAAACGAUUUCUUUCAUCUCUUUCCACAUAUCUUUUGAUGAUAGCCCCACCUGAGGUGCCACCUAGGCUGAAGUAAGUAAAUUCUCUCUUUUUUAAUGCUCAUUGUUUGAACGUGUAGUUGUAUUCGAAGUUUCUAACUCUUGAAUAAGUCUCAGGUGAGUAGCGAUAAGUCUCUUUUUCAUUUUGGACCGAUUAUAUUCACAAUCAAGAGCACAUGGGCCAAAAUAAAAGAUUUUCCUUUCGAAGCAGCAGCAGAUUUCGACGCUGUUCUUAUCAAAUGGCAGUCAACUAUUUCCCGACGUUCUUUCUGUUUUGAAUUCCUCCGUCCUUCACUUGUUUUGACACCUUGUUUAGUAUUUUUUUUGUUGUUACCAGUAUGCUGGGUUGUGGGUGGCAUACUUGUAAAGAAGAAGAGAAGCUUUGACCCUUCGUCACUGUUUGUUACAGAAACUACAGUUGAAACACACUCGGAGUCUUGUAGAACGAUUUAAAAUACCACUCGAUAUAUCGAUUGUAGACAAUGCUUCGGAUGGUUUUUGUUAGUAUUUCAUUUCUCGCGUAGGAGGCACGAUAUUUAUAUGACGUAAAAUGCCGAAAAACACAGUCGGCGCUAGAUUAUCUUCAAGCGAGGUUUAUUCAAUCUUUUUCUAUUUUUUUUUUGAUAAAAUCUCCUCUCUGGGUCGAUGCGUCGAAAAAACGGGUUCAGUAAAUUAGCAUCCAAAUUUCACCUAUUUCAAUAAUUUUUCAUUGGCAAGUGUUAAUUUUCUGAAGCACCCGGAAAAGAAUGAAAAGAAAAAAAAUUUAAAUUGAAGAUAUAGAGGAUAUAUCUACCACGUUAUGUUAAACCAGAUUCAAAGAAGGAAAAGAUAGAUAGGUAACACAGAUAGUUAAAGUCUUGUUUUCAUCUGCAAUUAUUCAGUGAAGGGGAAGAUGAAGUUGAGAUGGAUCAGCUGAACGCAAACACAGACGGAUGGGAGAUUGCAGCCGACCGCCUGAUCCUUCGCGAGCAUAUUGGCAAAGGGGCAUUUGGUUCAGUGUGGCGAGCGCUACUGGGUCGUUCCCGUGGCAGACCUGGAAAUCGCACAGUUGCUGCGAAAUGCUACCUACGUAAGUACUUUUUCAGGUCUUUCUUUUAUACAAAGCUUGAUUGAACUAUCCUUUAUUAAUUUUUUGAGUAAGUUAUCCUAAUAAAGAGUAUUUCUCUUAGAACAUGCUUUAUUAACCUACCUAAUACAUAACAUGGAUAGCUUAAAAACUAUGCGCUGUUCAAAUGAUUUAUCAGCUGGCAUGUCAAAUUAAUUGUUAGCGGAUGGUUCCCGGGGGGACCAGUUGUUAAAUCUUUUGUCAUACAACGCUACUAAAAUAGAAAAGAACACGAAUAUCAUUUGGAGUAUAAGAAGCUGUGGAGAAAAAUGAAAAUUUAUCGAGUAAAUUGCAUUCAAGUGUAUAAAAGCGGAAAAUACUACAAUACUAAAAAUGUCACUCUGUCGUAUAUUUUGCAAAGUUGCCCGCUCAGAAACUUUUAGUGGGAAAUAAUGUCAUGAGACCUCAAAGAAACCUUGAGAGGGUGAGUCUAGCGGAAAAAAUUCGGAGCCAUUUGCCAGUCUAGUGGUGGUAGUAUGAUCUUCUUGCGCUGGACAAGCUGAAAAUCCCAAUGCAGUAGAACCUGUAUGAAGCGGUCACCUUGUAAUAAGCGGUCAGUUUUGAAAGUCCCGAAACUUUCCUCCUUUACUUAUAGUACUUUUUAUAUCAAGCGGUUGUGGUCACCUUUUACUAAGUCCCAACAGCCUAUUUGUAAUGUUCCCUACCUUUAUCGAACGGUCACUAAAGCGGAAGUAAUCAAAUAAAAUUAAGAAUAAUCUUUCAAGUAAAAUUUAAUCCAUGUUUAUCUCCCGAAAUCAAUGUUAGGAAUAUUUUUGAGCGAGGUUGUGUAUGUUAAGUGGUCCGUGAUGACAUAGAGUGGCAUUUUUAAACUUUUAUCAAUAGUAGCCCUAUUCCGUGGAACCUAUAUUAAACGGUCAACCAUCCCCGCGCGUGACCGCUAAAUACAGGUUCGGCUGUAACAAACUUACAGAGUCAAAUGAAUUUAUAAUAACUCUGGGAAUGCUUACGAAUUAUUGUAGCUUUUAGUAAGAUAAAAGCAAGGAUUAUCUAAUUUAUGACCUGUAGGAAACAAAAAGGCGCAAACAGAGCAUGUAUUUAAAAAAAACUGUCUCAAAUAUAUAUUCGACCGACUAUUAGGUAUUAUAACAGAUGGAAUUUCUAGGCUUAAUUGCGUCUCUACUUUUGUAAGUUAUCUGUAAACAAUUGCACGGUUCAAUGGGCUUGCCUAGUUAACAACAAUGCUCGAGAUGCGCAGCGUUUUCUUAGCAAAUAUUUUUUUCAAGGAGGAUGAAUCUAUUUUGGAAAUUUCAUGUUCAAUAAAUUGAACAAUACGGCUAACUGACAUUUUUGUGGCAAGUAUGGAUUAUAUGGAGUUUAGUAAGCUAACUUUUUUUUUAUGUGGACCAAAUGCAUUAUAAUUUGCACUGGUAAGAUAACACCAAGCAUACAACAAUUCCAGAUGUGGAUGUUUACCACAUAAUUAAUUGUGUCUCUCUUGACAUGCAAAGUUUGUUUGUUUAUCUAAUUUUUGUGUGGUUUCCUAGCAAUCUCCGGAGAGAAAGGAAGGAAGGCCCUGCUGAGAGAGAUCGAGUUAUUAAAACUCUUUGGAAGGGAGGGCCAUGAAAAUGUUGUUAAGUUCAUUGGUUGUGUCACAGUUGGAGGUAAUCAGCUAUUGUUAUGAUUAUAAUCAGCUAAUUCACAGCAACGAUUGAGACAUCUCUGAGUUCAACCACUGGUACAAUUACUUUUAUCAGUAUUCCUAGUCCUUGCUAAGAUGGUGUACUAAUUCAAUGGUUAUUUUCAAUUUUUUGACUGUUUUAAAUGAAUUUACUUCGCACUGUAUGAGGGGCAUUUUACUUGGAAGAUGUUAGCUCUAAAAUCUACAUGCUAAUUGUGAUAAAAACUUCAACUUACGAUGGCAAGUCUUUGUCUAUUUAUCUGCCAUCUCUGUUUUUUCUGUCUGUCUGUCUGUAGAUUUCUAUCGGCCGUAUUUGUCCGUCUAUUUUCUAUCUGUGUGUUUUCUUCUUUCACUAUCCCUCUCUGUCUCUACUUGAUUCAUUACAGAUAUAACCUGAGGUAUAACUAGAUAAAGCAUGUACAAUUCAAAAACGUUUUGGAACUUCUGCACUGCUUACCGUAAAAUAAUUUUCUUGUUUUUCCCUUUUAGCUCAGCCAAUACUUAUCAUGGAGUACCUGUGGCGAGGUGACUUGCUGGGUUAUCUCAGAAAAUCCAGGGGGGUUUUCGAUCAAUAUCAUCAUGGGGUCGGAGGGGUCGACCACUUGACAACAUAUGACAUGGUGCUGUUUGCUAAACAGAUCGCACAUGGUAUGACUUUCCUCGCGUCCAGAGGGGUAAGUGCUCAAACUCUUUCUGGUCAGCAUGUGGUCCUGCAUGUGAUAAAAUGGCAUGACUUGCAAAUCGUCAAAGUAAUACUCCAUACGGCUAAAAAUAUCCAGCACAUUAGAGUCACUAUUUCACAGAGAAAUGGUGUGACAUUAGCAUGAUGUUGAACUUUCUACCUAUAUUUUACUUUUUUAUUUUAUGUAGUUUAUAAAAGUCCCUUUUAGCAGAUCAUAUAAUUAUUUGUUUUCGAUUUCAGAUAAUUCAUCGCGAUCUUGCAGCUCGUAACAUUCUUCUUGAUGAGCAUCGUGUCUGCAAGUUGACUGACUUUGGGCUCUCUUAUCAGGAUUUCAAAUACGGCCCAGGAAAUGCCAAGAAGGUAAUUUUCAGGAUUUUUUCAUCAUUUAGUCAAUUGGUUUUGGGGCUGCUGGUAUGGAAGAUAAAAAUGUGAAGAAUUAAAAUAUUACUGUCCUUACAAACCUUUCUUUUCAGUUAUACAGUCUUACUGCAAAACAUAUUUCCCUUUAAUGAGAAGCCAUUCUAAGCGUAUCGAAGCUUUCACAGAAAAAAAAGAAUGAACACAGAAAAUAAGAAAGCCGGAAGAGAUAUCGUUCUCUGAAUAACAAAGAUACGAACUCGAAGGGUAAAGUAACACAGGAAAUUUAAAGCAAAAGGAGUGUCUGGAUUGUUUUCAUAGAAUUUGUACAAAGGUGUCUACUGCUGUUGACUUUAUCGUGAAUCCUCACAUCACGGUUUUAAUCUUAUAUGCAAAUUAUUUUAGGAGCUGUAUACAAGCCCCUUUAGAUUUCAGAUGUUUAUAAUAUUUUGGUUACUCAUCCAGGGAUGUAUCCCAAUCAAAUGGACUGCACCCGAGAUUCUCUUUGGACAUGUGGAACAGCUGUCAACCAAAAGCGAUGUGUACGUACUGUAUUGGUUAUUAUCUACAUAUAUUCCUAGAGUUAAUAUUUUUUACGAUUCUACUUUAACGUAGCGAGGGAAACUAGAAUAUUCAGUGCUCUAUUGAUUAGAGAGUCAUUAGGAAACGUCCAGCUGAGGAACAGCUGAGGUUACAGUUGUAGUAUGAGACUUUAUAUGAAUAUUAAGUUUAACGACCACUAUCCAAAAUCUGAUUAAGACAAAAAAAGACGGAUGAAAGGAUGAGUGGAUAAUCAAACUAAUAAAUAUGGCGUUUUCUCCUAGGGAGGUUGCUUAUAUCUUGAUGGCAUGUUUUUAAACAUCCCAAGUAUCUGAGUAAUUAUUAUCUUUCUAACCCAGUUGAGAUAUAUCGUCAUCCUUCCAUUUCUUUGACAGGUGGUCCUACGGCAUCGUCUUGUAUGAAAUCUUCACUGUCGGUACUUAACUUAUUUGUUACUUUAUAUUCAGGAAAUAUACUUGCCGAAAUUGCACGCAUAAUUACUAACUGAUGAGUGAUACCGAGCGGGCAAAUGAGCAUUGUACAAUAAAGAAGUAGAAGCAACACUCAAUGGCGCUGAUAAAUAAAAUUAUGACGAUGCAUAACAACUUGAAAUAAAGCUUAAGUUUAAGUAGAACUGAAAGUAUUUAGUACAUUAUUGAAAAACCUUAAAUCCAUCGCUACACUUAAAUUUGUUUUUUUUUACAGUACUCUUUCAUCUGAUGUAAAACCGAAAUGUAUUUCAGGAAUUAAUUGUCGUUUUGACAGAAGAAUCAUUUCGAUCGCGCUGAGAGGAAUGAAAGUGAUUACAACAAAAAAAAGUGUGCUUUUUUGGCCAACAGAAAAAAAACAUUAUUUUUCCACAGGAGGCAUUCCUUACGAUGGAUGGUCUCAAUCUACGACAAUGAAAAAAAUCGAAGAAGGUUAUCGUCUGCCAAAGCCUGAACAUAUCGACGACAGUUUGUAAGUGUUGCUUCCUCUGUGUGGAAUGUUAUAUAAGUCAAAAGCAACAUCGAUUGCUGCUGUGGUCAGGUGUUUUUGAUACACUCGCUCUGAAUAAGUAGCCUUCCUAAGAAAUUAAUUUUAUCUUGUCACUACAAAAAUUAAAAUGAAAAGUUGUUGAGUCAAAUAAAGAAUACGAUGGGUUUUUCAUCACAGAAUUCGUUUGAGCUGCAAAGUAAUGAGAUAAACUUAGCAUUUCAGUUAUUUUUGUAAGUAGUUGUGGUUUCUCAACUUUGCUACUCGCAAUAUUAAUGCCUACCGCAGAAUUACUGUGAUCAUAUGUCCCUGUGUUUUUCUAUAGAUACGCGGUGAUGUUAAACUGCUGGAAAUACGAAAGCGCCAGCCGGCCACACUUUGUGAAGCUCUACCAAACAAUGGAUACAUAUAUUAAAACAAAGGUUUGCCAUACAGCGUCUAAUUCAGUAUAU